CCGGCCUGUGGCCGCGAAGUUGGCCGAAGCGGCGGGAUUCCCUCCCCGGCGACCCCCGGGAACCCUGCGGGAUCGAGUGAUUGAUUCCCUGCGAGGAGGAAUCUUCGCGCCCAACAGGUCACUUCCACACGAGAUGAAGAGUCUUUGGGAGUAGGUGCAGCCUGUGGGAGCCACAUCCGGGGCAGCCCAGCUGUCUGGACAGAAGGAAGCAUGGCAGAGGUAGGGGACUCAGCACUCUCAGUAGCUGAGUGGUUACAGGCCCUGCACCUGGAGCAGUACACGGGGCUCUUCGAGCAGCAUGGACUGGUGUGGGCUGCUGAAUGCCAUGGACUUAGCGAUGCCCACCUGGUGGACAUGGGCCUGCAGCUCCCUGGCCACCGUCGCCGCAUCCUGGCUGGCCUGCAUCGAGCCCACGCCCCUCCCACCCCUGUUCCACAGCCCACGCCUCGGCCAGUGCCCAUGAAGCGACACAUCUUCCGUUCACCGCCUGCAUCCACCUCUCCUCCCGAGCACUUGGCCACUUCUUGUGAGGCCCUGCCCACAGCACCCCCCAUCCCACCCCGGAGGAGCUGCCCACACCCCACCUGCUUCUCUGACCCAACCCCCAUUGCCACCCCGAGCCUGGCUGCUCCAGCUCCUGUGCUGCCCCCGCUACCUGCUAAGCGGCACCUGGUGGAGCCAAGUGUCCCUCCUGUGCCCCCUCGUGCUGGGCCACCCUCCCUGCUGGUGAGCCUGCCUUCUGAGGAGGAGCCGCCGCUGCCGCCACUGUUGUCCCCGCUCCGACCAGAAAUUGCUGAGCCCCCAUCGCCACCUCAUAGUCCCCCAAAGAUCCCCCCAAAGCCUCUUCAUCUGCUGCCAGAGUUUGAUGACUCUGACUACGAUGAGUUCCCAGAGGAGAGGCUGGGGGCCCCAGCCAGCGUGAUGACCAAGAAGGACGAGCCCCGAGGGAGUCCACUGCACCUACUGCCACGGGCUGUGCGUGUGGCCAGUCUGCUGAGCGAGGGAGAAGAGCUUUCCGGGGGCGAGCAGGAGGACGAGGAAGAACCUGACCAUGCCUACGAGGGCAUCCCCAGCCUCCUGAUCACCGAGCUCCCGCCACACUCCAUGGACAGGCUGCCCGGGGGUUCCACCCCUGUGCCCACGGUGCUCAAGGCUGGCUGGCUGGACAAGAAUCCGCCACAAGGAUCCUACAUUUACCAGAAGCGAUGGGUGAGACUGGAUGCUGAGAACUUGUGCUACUUUGAUAACAACAAGGACGCCUACUCCAAGCGAUUUGUCUCUGUUGCUGGCAUCUCUCGUGUGGCUGCCAUUGGGGACCAGAAGUUUGAAGUGAUCACGCAUAAUCGGACCUUCACCUUUCGAGCAGAGAGCGAUGUGGAGCGGAAGGAGUGGCUGCAGGCUCUGCAACAGGCUGUGGCUGAGCAUCGGGCCCAGGCCCGGCUGUCCAGUGCCUACCCAUUGGGUAUUCAAGGCCCGGAGCCACCUGACCAUGCGGGCAGUCUGGAGCUCCGUGGCUUCAAGAAUAAACUCUAUGUGGUCGUGGCCAGGGACAAAGUGCAGCUUUACAAGAAUCUGGAGGAGUACCAGAUGGGCAUUGGCAUCACCUUUAUUGACAUGAGUGUGGGCAAUGUAAAGGAAGCAGAUCGGCGCAGCUUCGACCUCACCACGCCCUACCGCAUCUUCAGCUUCUCCACUGAGUCGGAGCAAGAGAAGGAGCAGUGGCUGGAGGCCAUGCAAGGUGCCAUUGCUGAGGCCCUGUCCACCUCGGAGGUGGCCGAGCGCAUCUGGGCCGCAGACCCCAAUAGGUUCUGUGCGGACUGUGGGGCUCCCCAGCCCGACUGGGCCUCCAUCAACCUCUGUAUUGUCAUCUGUAAGCGAUGUGCAGGGGAGCACCGUGGCCUGGGCGCUGGCAUCUCCAAGGUGCGGAGCCUCAAGAUGGACAAGAAGGUGUGGACAGAAACACUCAUCCAGCUUUUCCUCCAGCUGGGCAAUGGUGCUGGGAAUCACUUCUGGGCAGCCAAUGUGCCUCCCAGUGAGGCCCUACAGCCCAGCAGCAACCCUGGAGCCCGGCGGCACCACCUGGAGGCCAAGUACCGUGAGGGCAAAUACCGGCGCUACCAUCCACUCUUCGGCAACCAGGAGGAGCUGGACAAGGCCCUGUGUGCAGCAGUCACCACCUCAGAUCUAGCUGAGACCCAAGCGCUCCUGGGCUGUGGGGCUGGAGUCAACUGCUUCUCGGGGGACCCCGAAGCCCCCACACCGCUGGCUCUGGCUGAGCAAGCGGGCCAGACACUGCAGAUGGAGUUCCUCAGGAACAACCGAACCACGGAGGUCCCCCGACUGGACUCGGGGAGGCCCCUAGAAAAGCACUACUCCGUGGUUCUGCCCACGGUCAGCCACAGUGGCUUCCUCUACAAGACUGCCUCCGCUGCCAAACUUCUGCAGGACCGACGUGCCCGGGAAGAGUUCAGUCGGCGUUGGUGUGUUCUUGGUGAUGGGAUCCUGCACUACUACGAAAAUGAGAGGGCAGUGACCCCUAAUGGAGAGAUUCGAGCCAAUGAAAUCGUGUGUCUUGCUGUACUUCCUCCUGACACGCAUGGCUUUGAGUACACCUUUGAGGUAUAUACCGAAGGCGAGCGACUGUACCUGUUUGGGCUGGAGAGUGCGGAGCUGGCUCGUGAGUGGGUGAAGUGCCUUGCUAAGGCAUUCGUGCCUCCCCUGGCUGAGGAUCUGCUGGCCCGGGACUUUGAGCGGCUUGGGCGUCUCCCCUAUAAAGCCGGCCUGAGCCUACAGUGGGCCCAGGAAGGCUGGUUCUCCCUGGCUGGCUCCGAGCUCCACGUCGUCUUCCCAGAGGGACCUUGUGAGGAGCCAUUGCAACUUCGGAAACUGCAGGAGCUCUCCAUCCAAGGGGAUGCUGAGAACCAGGUUUUGGUGCUGGUGGAACGAAGGAGGACACUUUAUAUCCAGGGAGAACGGCGGCUGGACUUCAUGGGUUGGCUGGGAGCCAUCCAGAAAGCAGCGGCCAGCUCAGGGGACACGCUGUCGGAGCAGCAGCUGGGAGAGUCUGAUAUCCCAGUGAUCGUGUAUCGCUGUGUGGACUACAUCACUCAGUGUGGCCUAACCUCUGAGGGCAUCUACCGCAAGUGUGGCCAGACCUCGAAGACUCAGCGGCUGCUGGAAAGCUUGCGGCAGGACGCUCGGUCCGUACGCCUCAAGGAGGGAGAGCAGCACGUGGACGAUGUAUCCUCUGCACUCAAACGCUUCCUGCGGGACCUGCCUGAUGGACUCUUCACUCGAGCACAGCGCCUAUCCUGGCUGGCAGCCUCAGAGAUUGAGGAGGAAGAGGACAAGAUCUCCAGGUACCGAGAGCUCCUGGCAUGUCUGCCUCCAGUCAACCGGGCCACAGUGAAAGCCCUUAUCAGCCACCUGUACUGUGUCCAGUGCUUCUCAGACACGAACCAGAUGAACACACACAACCUGGCCAUCGUGUUCGGGCCCACACUCUUCCAGACUGAUGGGCAGGACUCCAAGGCUGGCCAUGUGGUGGAAGACCUCAUUGGCCACUACGUGGUGGUGUUCAGUGUGGACGAGGAGGAGCUGAGGAAGCAGCGGGAGGAAGUCACUGCCAUUGUGAAGAUGCGUGUGGCUGGCACUGCUAGUGGGACCCAGCAUGCCGGUGACUUUAUCUGCACUGUGUACCUGGAGGAGAAGAAGGCAGAGGCAGAACAGCACAUCAAGAUCCCUGCAUCCAUGACUGCUGAGGAGCUCGCACUGGAGCUCCUGGAUCGCAGGAAUGUGUGCGUCAGGGAGAAGGACUAUUGGGUCUGCUUCGAGGUCAAUGAGAGGGAGGAGACAGAGCGGCCCCUGCACUUUGCAGAGAAGGUACUGCCCAUCCUGCACGGGCUGGGCACCGAGAGCUACCUGGUGGUGAAGAAGUACCAGUCCAUGGAGGCCAUUCUUCUGUACCUGGCCAGCCACGUGGGAGAUAGCAAGCAUGGCAUGAUGAAGUUUCGUGAAGACAGAAGCCUCCUGGGCCUCGGCCUGCCCUCAGGUGGCUUCCAUGACCGCUACUUUAUCCUCAAUAGCAGCUGCCUUCGGCUCUAUAAGGAGAUCCGGAGCCAGAGGCCGUGGAGCGGGGUCCCUGACACCAGUCACCGGCCUGAGAAGGAAUGGCCUGUCAGGAGCCUCAGAGUCUACCUGGGGGUGAAGAAGAAGCUUCGACCUCCCACCUGUUGGGGCUUCACAGUGGUGCAUGAGACGGAGAAGCAUGAGAAGCAGCAAUGGUACCUGUGCUGCGAGACCCAGAUGGAGCUCCGGGAGUGGUUCGCUACCUUCCUCUUCGUGCAGCACAAAGGCCAGGUAUGGCCCUCGGAGCCCUCACGAGUGUCCCGGGCAGUGCCUGAAGUUCGUCUGGGCAGUGUGUCACUGAUACCUUUGCGUGGCAGCGAGAACGAGAUGCGCCGAAGCGUGGCCGCCUUCACCACAGACCCCCUCUCGCUCCUCCACAACGCCUGAGCAAGAGCCGGAGCUGGACUCAGUCAUGGUCAAGCUCUGGUUCUGCCACCCUGUUGUAUCACAGGCUGGUGAAGAUCUGCAGCGCCCCACACCUGUGUCCUGAUGGCAGCUGGAAAUCCCAGGCCAGGUGGGGACAGCUGAGCCUCUCUGGGGAGGAGCCUUCCACCUGCUCUGUCCAGCUUGGCCCUCCUCCCCAAGAGUGGGGCUGGGGGCAUAGGUCACAGGCUGGAGGACUCCCAUCUAAGAGGCCUGAGGCCCCGGGGCCCCGCUGGAAGGGAGCCCAUGGCACCCCUUCCCCCUUCUCCAGAACCUCACAAAGAUGUUGUAAAAGGACAUUCAAUGGGGAUGGGGGCUUGUGGGCAAGUUUUCUCCAGGACAAGAAACUGGACGGGGACAUCAGCCAUCCCUUUUGGUCUGAAUUGGCUGGAAAGGGCCAGGUUGCCCAUUACCCCUGUCAUACUUGGGGACCUUUUGAUAAUAUAAAUAUAUCUGUAUAUUUUACCCUG